UGCUGAUUACCCAUGAGUGUCAUUUGCAUCUUAACCUUUGAGAAUCUGGCUUUGCUCAAUGUCUGUAUUUGCACUUCCGAGCAAAGCCCACUGCAGAAAAUUAUGCCAAAAUCUUAAUUUGAGGCAGAAAGCAUAUAUUCUUCUGGUCGACUUGAUAAAGCUCAGACAAUUCAACUAUACCAUUUUCAUCUUCUCAUUCGGAUAUGCAAACUAACCUUCAAGUAGUCGAUGGCCUGACCAGCGUUGGAUAAUGUUAUCUUAGGGGCACGUAUCAGAGCAUCUGGUGAUCAUAUCUUUUCAGAAUUGAUUAAACAUGAGUGAGCCAACCUCCACUAGUGUUGCUGUUGUUGAGGCUAAUGAAAAUACUAACAUUGGUGAUGUCUCGUCUUCUAAAAUCAUUCACAAGAGGAAGAGAACUUCGAAAGUUUGGGAGGAUUUUGAUUUAAUUACAAAACCAUCUGGUGUACAAGAGGCUAUUUGUAAACAUUGCCGACAUGCAUUUGUUGGGGGAAGUGCUAGUGGGACAACCCAUUUGAAAAAUCAUCUUCCACGAUGUAAAUCAAGAAGAUUUAAGGAUCCUCUGCAACAAUUGUUAGCAGUUACAAAGACAGCUAGUGAAAAGUGUGUCCUUGAACCUUUUAAGUUUGAUGCUCAAAGGAGUAGAUUGGAUCUUGUUCGAUUUAUCAUUUCCUAUGGUUGUCCAUUUGAUGUGGUUGAGAAUCCUUUCUUUGGAAUCUUCACUACCAAUCUCAACCCAUCUUUCAAAAUCAUUUCAAGGAAUACAAUUAGAAAUGAUUGUUUGAAGUUGUACAAACAAGAAAAAGAAAAGUUGUACAAGUAUCUUGAUACACUUUCUUGUCGGUUUAGCAUCACUAUUGACAUGUGGACCUCAACCCAAAGGUUAUCUUAUUGUGCAGUGACUGUUCAUUAUAUUAAUAAUGCUUGGCAAUUGAAUCAUAAGAUUAUUGCUUUUACCGCUAUGAGAUCUCCUUAUGAUGGAAAAACUCUUUGUAGAGUUAUUAUGGAUGUGGCAUUGGAUUGGAAUAUUGAUAAGAAAUUGUUCUCCAUAACAACGGAUACCAUUUCUAAUAAUGAUGUUAUGGUUAAAGAACUAAAGAAGCAUCUUAAUGAUCGGUCAUUACUUCCUCUUUGUGGUGAUUUAUUUCAUAUUCAUUGUAGUUCACAUAUUUUUAAUUUCAUUGUGCAAGAUGUGCUGGGAGAGGUUUCAGAGUUGUUGUAUAAGAUAAGAGAAAGUGUUAAAUAUGUGAAAUCCUCUCAACUUCGAGAGCAGAAGUUUGAGAAUGCUAAGAAUCAAGUGAAAAUCUUUCCUAAGAAGGAGAUGUUUAUUGAUACAGCCUAUAGAUGGAAUUCUACAUAUGAGAUGUUGGACUGUGCAUUGGAAAUGAAAGAAGCAUUCUGUCGUUUAAAAGAUAUUGAUCAUGAUUACCACAUCUAUCCAUCUGAGGAGGAAUGGAAAAUAGGGUCAAUUAUUCGUGAUUGCUUGAAAAUCUUCUACAACACCACCAAUAAAUUUUCUGGGAGAAGGUAUCCAACUGCCAAUAUAUUUUUUACCAAUGUUUGUACAAUUAAUCUCAAAUUGCAAGAAUGGGGGAGAAGUGGGCAUCCAUUUUUACGAUCAAUGGCAUUUAAAAUAAAAGAAAAAUUUGACAAAUAUUGGGAAGAUAACAAUUUGGUGUUAGCAAUUGCCAUUGUGCUUGAUCCUAGAUUCAAGAUGCAAAUAGUAGAAUACUAUUAUAACAAGAUUUAUGGCUUUGAAGCAGAUAAAUAUAUUUCAAGAGUUCGGACAGCUAUUUUUGAUCUCUACAUGGAAUAUGGAGGUGAGUUAAGGGAUCUAUUGCCAUCACAAUCACAAGCUUCCCUUGCGGAAAGUGGCAGUAGUAACUUAUCGUUAAGGUUUGGAUUUGAGGUUGAGGCUAGUGAUAAUGAAGAAUUGGCUGAUUUUGAUAAGUGGUGCAUUGAUUCGGGCAUUGCUUCCAAUAUAGCUCUUACAAAAUCAGAGCUUGAUGUAUAUUUGGAGGAAAACUUGUUCCCUCGAUCCAAAGAUUUUGACAUAUUGGGAUAUUGGAAGCUUUACCAUCUUAAGCGUCCUAAACUUUCAGCCAUGGCUCGUGAUAUUCUUGCCAUUCCAGCAACUACGAUAGCAUCAGAGGAAGCUUUCAAUACAUCUGCAAGGGCCAUUCAUAAAUAUCAUACAUGCUUACGUCCAGAAGUUAUAGAGGCUUUGAUGUGUGGACAAAGUUGGCUGGAACCUACUAUCAAAACGAAAGUUGAUGGAGAAAUGGAAAUACAUGAAGAAGGUGGUUGUUAUUUUGACUCUGUAAUUCAAACAAAUUGAUUUGGAAUUUUACUGAGAUGAUGGAUCAUCGGAUGGGCAAUUUUUUAUGGCAAUAAUUGAGACAAAAAAUCAUGGGAUCUUUAUUUAGUAUUAUCUUAGUUUAGUUAUUGUUGUGGUCGUUUUGGUAUUUUUUAAAUAACUAUUUUCAUGAUGGUUUGUAAUGGCAUUGCUUCAGUUUGAGAUAAUAAUGAAAUUAAUA